UUGAAGUCUGCACACACACUGUCGCACGGAAACCACCGCGCCGCUUACGUCUCCAAGCGGGCGAGGGCCAGAGAGUGAGAAGGAGAGGGAGGGGGGCAAAUGAAAAAGCUCUGCACCGCUGUACUCGUGAGACAUCUGGAAACGACGCUCAAAGGCACACACUGACUCCGCGCACCAAUUUGGAAUGGCGUUUUUGUGAAGAUGACCAAUCUUUUACACACUUGACCGGCGUCGUUAUUAAGCGAUUCCACUAUUUUACCGUCUAUUUGAGCGAGAUAUUGUAACAUAUUUAACGCAUUUUUUCGUUUUCGUUUCGUUAUUAUUAGACUCUUGACACAUGUUUUCGUGUCUCUGAAUCGUCAAGUUAAAAUAGCCUGUAAGACGUUUUCCUAUGCCCAGAAGAUUUACUUUAUGGGCUGCGUCAGGAACUGAUACAGUUUUAGAGCAUAGAGAAAGUAGGCUUCUACCUUUUUUUCGGUGCUCAUGAUUUUUUGGUAUGUUUUGACAAAGGCAUUCGCCAGCUGAUCUGGAUACUUAAAACAGUAUCGUCUUCUUUGUCGCUUGGGACAUUACGUGAACAGACAGAGACGUCUAGUGUUUCUUUUGAAGUGAUAGACGAGCGACAGAGCGAAUAGCCUACUAGCCAGAGGAGGAGAGAAGACCCCACCGUCACGUUCCGGGAAAACUGGCCUUCCUUAAAGGUGUGCGGAGCACGUGCCACUGCCAUGCUGUCACUGGACGAACCGCUGGACCUGAAGCUGCCGUCGGGCAGAGACCGUGCGCCACAGAGAAUGUCCAUCUGCGCCCCACUGCACGCCACCCGCGCCCGCCAGGCCCGCACCGCUAACGACAAGAGCGUCAUCACGCCUGUGCCCCCCUCCUCACCGCCCACAGGUGUGCCGGUGUCCCCCCAGGCAAAGCAGGAGCCCCAGACCCCCCCUGCCAUGGACCUGACCUCUCGACACAACUCCGCACCUCCCUCCCCUGUGGACACCCAGUCUAACGGGGUCGCCACACACUCCUUCCUCCCCAGGGAGUCUGCAAACGCCCACUACCUGGAGGGCGGGGCCUCAGCACAGGGAUUCCAGUUCUUCCUGCCCAUUGGUGCAGGGGGUGGCUUCCAGCUCCCCUCCUCCCUGUUCAUUGGUCGGAACGGGGAGAAGCGCACGUCACCCGAGCCCUCCUCAGACGAGCAGCUGGCCUGCCGCUGGAAGAAGUGCCGCCUGCUGUUCGACUCGCUGCAGGACUUGGUGGAUCACGUUAAUGACUUUCAUGUGAAGCCUGAAAAGGAUUCUGGGUACUGCUGCCACUGGGAGGGGUGCGCACGCAGAGGGCGUGGUUUUAACGCCAGGUACAAAAUGCUGAUCCAUGUUCGCACCCACACCAACGAGAAGCCUCACCACUGCCCUACCUGCAACAAGAGCUUCUCACGCCUGGAGAACCUCAAGAUACACAACCGCUCACACACAGGCGAGAAGCCCUACAUCUGUCCCUAUGAGGGCUGCAACAAGCGCUACUCCAACUCCAGUGACCGCUUCAAGCACACGCGCACGCACUAUGUGGACAAGCCCUACUUCUGCAAGAUGGUGGGCUGCCUGAAGCGCUACACUGACCCCAGCUCCCUGCGCAAGCACAUCAAGGCCCACGGUCACUUCGUGGCCCAGGAGCAGAACCCCUCAUCUGGCAUGGAGGCCCUUCUGAAGGCCGGUCGCCUGGUGGCCUCCUCCGGGGGCCCCCCCAUGCUUGGUUGCGCCCAGCCCAAGGGCGACUCCACCCCUCCGCCCGAGCUGCCCUACGUCGCCGGGGCCCACAUCGUCCUUCCGGGGGCUGCAGCGGCUGCCGCGGCCCUCUUCGGGGGCCACGGCCUGCAGGGCCUUGGCGGAGCCUCGCUGCCCCUGUCCAACAUCGGGCCCCUGGAUCUGAGUGCGCUGGGGAGCCGGGUGGCCUCCACCCCAGGCCUGUCCCACGGCGGGCACCUGGGCCUGGGCAAGCCCCCGUCCCUGCUCUCGCCUCUGUUCCCGGGGGCCUCUCUGGGGCUGGGGCCCCUGCUGGCCGGCAGAGUCCGGGGCCGCAAGAGGGCCAGGGAGGAGGAGGAUGAUGAGGACGACGAGGAGAGGAUGGAUGAGGAGGAUGGAGAAGAGGAAGAGGUGGGCUUCGGACGCGACCCCAUGUCCUGGGUUGUCAUUCCACCCGGGAUGGUGGUGUUAAGGCCGGCUGUGGUCAGCUAAGCAGCGGGGCCCUUCGGGAAAGGGUGCUGAAUGGGUGUAUGUGUGUAUGUGUGUGCACAUGUGUGUGGUUGUGUGUGAGUGAGAGAAAGUGUGUGAGAGCAUGUGGGUGUGUUGAGAAAUUUUGGCGAAGGGACGAAUUUCCACCAUUCCUACAACGAUUCAUAGAUAGAAUUGAACGCUUUUUUUGUCUCUCUCAACGAAAGCUAUAACAGAAUAACCCUAUUCGUUCCCUACAGAAGAUCGAAAUAAGAGUUGGAAGCUAUGGGACAGUUUACUUGAACAUUCCUACCUGAGGCCUAUGAAAUAAGCAUGUCUUAACCAACGACAUGUUGCUUCCUCCUGGUGAACAACUUGCGAGGGGGUAGCAUCUCCAUGCUAAAGAGAAAGGGCAAUAAGGCAGUUCCAGAGGUGUGACUGGACAUGUGACUCACUCCAAGCCAUCUGUCCUGAGGCUUAUGCGGUCAUGCAGUGUGACGACAGUGAGGACACGGUCACUGUAGGUUCAGUCAGAGACCCUGAGAGGCCACCAUGGGACAGAACUUUGUUUCUUUUUCCUCUCUCUCUCUCUCUCUGACACACGUUUGCCUUUCCUUUCAACAAAUUUUGCUUUCCCUCCCAAACCCUCUACAUUCUGUGGCAAUACUAUUGUGCUCACACACUUGUUAUUGUGAGGGAAUACAACGGUAACACAAGGGAAUGCAAAAACAAGCAUUGUAAGGGAACGCAAGGUAGUAAAGAAACUAGUGACAGGAUACAGAUGUAUUUCCAAAUACGGGGAACUCUAACUGUGGCUUCUUAGGGGUCCAUACAUUUCAGAGUGCUUCUCAAAGGCAAUUUACCCUGACAGUCCAGCAACAUAACAGCCCCCUUAAGGCUGUCUGUCAAAGCAUUCUUUUGCACUUUAUGCUGUUCUAGAACCAUUUUUUUUUCUUUCAGUUUUACAGGACCUCUACUUCAUGACAUAGCAAACAAAAACAACAAAGAUACAUUUGUUUGUUUGUUUGUUUGUUUGUUUUUAAAAUGUUCUUUAAAAGUUUUUUUUUCUCUGACGAAAGGCAACACAUCAACGUCUCAUAUCUCAAAUGUUCUUUUAUAUGAAUUCCUUUGUUCGGGGCUUCUGAGUCUUUGUAUGAAAAUUGAUGCUAUUUGUGUGUGAUUUCUAGGCAGACAAACCCCAUGCAAUAGUGUGGUGCAACUGAAACAGUUCUGACAGGCUGUGGAGACAGCAAGAACGGACCAUGAGCUUUUAAGUUUUGAAGCCGAGUUAAACGCUUUGCUUUUUUCGUCUGUGACACUAACCUACCCUGCCGCUUCAGUUGCCCCCUUCUCAAAGGUUAGAAGUUGACGUUGCACUCAGACAAGCCUCAAAAAGAAGCUCUUGGUGGACAAUCAUCACAUUGCUGCUUAUUGCACAUACUUAACAAACUCUAGCUUAGCAUGACACAUCUGUGAAAUAAAAAGCUAAAUGUAAGCUGAGAGAAGAGUAAAUUCUAUACAUAUUACUAGCUGUGUAACAAGGAGGACCAGUAGCAUAGCCUACUGCAGGACUUGGACCAUGGUACUGCUCAUAUAACUGCUUAACAAAUGUGAGUCAAGACACAUGGCUUCCAUGAAAAAAUAGCCUACUAGAGAUACAAAAGUUCUUUUAGGUAACAACAAGUAUUGACAGUAAGUAGGUACAGAGAAGCAGGUUAAGCGAACACAUUAAUGCUCCAGGCCAUUUGUAGAUUCACUCUUUGGAUAAGUCCAGGGAUCUGCUAGGUGGACGCAGCUCACGGGCCUCUGAACUGACCGCCUGUUGUUUACUGAACGUGAGAUGUGUUUGACAGGUGCUUUGCGUCAGCGUUCGGUUCCCUGAUCCUCCUCCUCACGUUUUCCUCAAGAGGAUGUGGAGACUGUGGUCCACCUAUUCCCGUCUUUUGAGUUUUUAUCUCAAACUGAGACACCCUUGUUCAUCCAUCACAAGGCUAUCAGGGUGCGGUAUUGCACUUAUGAAACAAUUUAGGAAAGUAAACGAAGUGACUCACAUGGUCUCUAUGCCGACCAUCAUUGAAUACGCAGUAUCUGAGUCAGCGCAGUAUGCCGGCUAUGCUAGCUGUCACAAGCCCACACCUCUUUUUGCACCAUUGUGGCUGUGCUGUUGUUUCAUGAGUAUAAAGUCAGUCAGCCAAUCAGCUGAUAGGAUUCAUUCUAUAAUAUUUCUGUGAUGACGAAACAUUUUUAAUGUUGAUUGUAUUAGCUUUUUUUUUUUAUUGUCCUUUGUCACGUAUUGCUGCUCUGUGCUUCCAUUGACACGGACCUGGUCACGGUCUACUCCCUGACACAUUAUGUUUAAACAUUAACAGAUAAGCAUUCACUUACGGUAAUAAUAGAUUUCUCCUAUUUGAAAUCAGCAGCUGAGCAUUCUUGUGGGUGUGUGUGUGUGUGUGUGUGUAUGUGUGUUUUGUGUGUAUGUGUAUGUGUGUUUUUUAAACCAUUUAGCUGUUGUUGUUUUUUUAUUUGCACAUAAAGAUAUUUAAUUAUCAGUAUUUUAAUGGUCCGAAGUGCCUUCUAUUUAGGUGAAAGUAGACAACAUACAGUGUAUGAGAUAAGCAUUUAUGUAGAGUUAUCUGUAUAAAUGUAUAUUUUCCCCCCAAGUCUUUGUUUUACGGACAAUUGUGAGGGAUCCAUAAAACUAAAAUGUGUGCAAUUAGAACCUCUUAAGAGGUCUCUGCUGUUGUUAAGGAUGUAUUUUGUAACCGUUAAAAGAGAAGUAAUGUCUUUUUCCUCAAUUCAACUCCUGCAUCUAAAGAUUUUGUUUUGCACCUUGAGUCAGACUGGAGGAUCUGGCCUGUAGAAAAGACACGAAGAACUACAGGACUUCAGUUUAGUCCACGGUGGUCCACAACUGAUCCCACACCGCAAAGUGUAAAAAAAGAAAGGAAAUGCAAAUGAGUGUUUCAGACGCAGUUGAGCUCGUUUUACAGCACAAGACAAUCAGCAGAAUGCAGAUCUGUGAAACCAAACCAACGUACACACUCAUUGUCUCAGCUGUGGUUGAGGAAAGUGUUGAAAACAACGAAAAGGGUUUCGUUCCCAAUGGAUCAGUGGUCGUGUACCAAAAAGAUGCGUGCAAUUCUAGACACAGCACACAACGCUUGGAACUGAAGACACUGACGACAUAUUAUUAGGGAAAGGUCUUUUUUCACAUGUCGAUAGAAUUGCAAAGAAAGAAAAAGGUUAUGGCACAUUAGAGUUAAUGUGUUAAAUUUGAUGUGUAGAUUUUAUUAUGUUUCUAAAUUGCCUCAGCUCCGACAGCUGAAUUAAAGGCAAAAAAUCUGCCAUUUUAACAUUUCUAAAAGAAAAUGAAAUGAGUACUUUUCAAUCUCAUUUUCACCACUGAGGGGUGCUAUAAAUAAAAAAAAAAUGCAAUCACAUGAAUUAAUGUUUUUUUUUUUAGAAACACAAGAAAACAGUCAAAAUGUAGUCACCAGUAAUUAUCAAGUCAAACUAGAUAAAUGCUGACAAUUCAUAUGUCUGGACACAUGUUAAUCUUACAUAUUGUUAUGCUUACAUGUUGUGAACGUUGUAAAAAAAUAAUUGGCAUAGUCCUUUUCACAGAGAAAAAGUGAGAGAUUUUUUACACUUUGUUAUGUGGGACCAAGGGUGAAAUGUAGCAUUUAGUAUAAUUCAUUUCUAAACUGAUACAGUUUUUGUCACUGUAAUGCCGCCCUUGAACAAUCAGGCUUAGGACAUCAAAUAGAACUCCCAAAUGAAAGUGACAAGUGGGAAAGCCCAUUCAAAUACGAACCCUCCUGUUUCUUUUCAAGCCAUCUUUGAGUCAGCUUUGUUAUCAAUGGUUACGACAAUGGCAACAAUGUCAGAUCAAGAAGAAUAACACUAAUGGUGUUAAUAAAACAGCAUUUGACAAACA